AUGAUCCGGUGCCAAUGGGCGGAACAACAGGCGGAACAAGACGUGUCCUUCUAUUUGGCAGGUUUCAUUGGAGAAAAGGAGGCCCUCUCUGUAUUCCACAUGAGCGGGCUGCGGGAGCUCAGCAGCCGGACAGGAGAGAUGAUUGCCGGGCUGCUGUUGGUGCUCCUGGGAGGGCUGUUGGAGGUCUGCAGCGGUGUGUCCGCAAACAGGGGAGGUUAUCCCUCCUUCACAGACGAAGUCCCUUUCAAAAUCACCUGGCCUGGCGUUGAGUUCACAUUGCCCACUUCAACUGGAUUUUACAACGAGGAUGAUUUUGUCAUAAUGACAACAACAGAGAAGGAGAAGUACAAGUGUCUGCUGCCUUCACUGACAGCCAAAGACGAGGAUGAUGACAGGGGCUACACCGGACCCAGUCCCGGUGAGCUUCUGGAGCCACUCUUCAAAAGAAACAGCUGCUCCUACAGGAUCGAGUCGUACUGGACCUAUGAAGUAUGUCAUGGGAAGUAUAUAAGACAGUAUCAUGAGGAGAAGGAGACCGGACAGAAAAUCAGUGUUCAAGAGUACUUCUUGGGGAAUGCAGCACAGAGGAGCCAGUCAGCACAGACGGAUCAAGACGAAGAGAAGGAAAAAGCCAAAGCAACACAAAAAGAAGUGCCCACAAAAAACAUCGAAGGUCAGCUGACCCCUUACUACUCCUUAGAGAUGGGAAAUGGGACCCCUUGCGUGCUGAAACAGGACGAGCCGCGCUCCACAUCUGUGUUGUACGUCUGUCAUCCGGAGGCCAAGCAUGAGAUCCUGUCUGUGGCCGAGGUCACCACCUGUGAAUAUGAGGUGGUGGUGUUGACACCUCUGCUCUGCGCCCACCCAAAAUACAGGUUUAAGUCCUCCCCGGUGAACGCCAUCUUCUGCCAGGCGCUGUCAGGAUCCCCUCUCCGACCGCAGAGGCUCGCCCAGUUGGACAAGGAGCAAGAAGACCAGCUUAAACCUCCUUUCAGCGCCGACACCAGAGAGGAGGAGGUGGCACCAGUUAGAGAGGAGGCCUUCACCUCAACUCACAAGCCCAUGACUGUAGGAGGGCAGUCUCAGGUCACCGUGGGCACCACUCACAUCUCUCGCAUGACCGAUGAUCAGCUGAUCAAAGAGUUCCUGAGCGGCUCCUACUGUUUGCACGGGGGGGUGGGGUGGUGGAAAUAUGAGUUCUGCUACGGAAAACAUGUCCAUCAGUACCACGAGGACAAAGAGCAAGGAAAGAACAUCGUGGUUGUCGGGACCUGGAACGCAGAGGAGCACAUUGACUGGGCCAAGAAGAACGUCGCCCGCUCUUACCAGCUGAAAGAUGACGGAGUACAGAAAGUCAAGUUGGUUUCACAUUUCUAUGGUCACGGUGACGUGUGUGACCUGACAGGGAGGCCCAGGCAGGUCAUUGUCAAGCUCAAAUGUAAGGAGUCUGAGUCUCCCCAUGCUGUCACAGUCUAUAUGCUGGAGCCUCAGACGUGUCAAUACAUCCUUGGGGUGGAAUCUCCAGUCAUAUGCAGAAUUCUCGAUACAGCUGACGAACAUGGACUUCUGUCAAUUUCCAGUUAGACUGACAAAGCUCGUGCAACAGCAGCGGGGCAUGAAGGAUGGAGGACGUUUUUUUAAACAGAAGCCUGUAUGACGGAAGAAUAGACGCCUUUGACACUGUGCUGAGAGCCAAAACUAAGGUUAAACCUGAUCCUGAAGCUGGACUUCAUGAAGCCCAGGAGCAGAGCCCCGACCCAUGCCCUCACCGUGCAGCUGGUGAUGUUACAUCAGACACCUGCAGCACAAUAGCCCUGUUGCAAAGAGUGAAAAGGGGUCAUCCCUCACCCCACAGGGCAGCGGAAAUACUGCCCUGACUUUCAUAUCUGUCUUUCUCUUUAUGUUGAUUAAUUGCAAGUAAAGGAGUGAUGAAUCAGGUCAUUUGCAAUUUCCGGGGAAAUCAGCUAUAUCCAUAGCGGUUUUAUUGUGUCCAAUGUCUGGAUUUGUGUGUGUGUGCGUGCAGGAUCUGGAAUGACCAGCUGCUUAGCUGGGGCACUUUGGAUGAGUAGAAAUGAAAAAAAGCAGCUCUGGGGAAGGUUUUGAAAAGGGUGAAUGUGUGCUUUGAGUGAGUGUAACUUAUGCAUUUGAGGGGGUUGCAGGAUAACAAAGGUGACUAAGUCAUUCAAAUAUUCUUAGUAGAAUCAAGAUGGGGGUCUGGGGGUUUAUUCAGAAGGUUUCCUGUGCAUUUACAAAGAUGCACAGAUCUUUGUCACUGUUGUGUCAAUGAUUAAAGACCAGUGGGUUUGAAGCCAAGAAUAAAAUUAAAAAAGAAACAUAAAGCAUCUUUUGUGGUGUAUUAUAAGACAAAGAUACAUUUCUCAAAAGACGUGGGGGCACCAUGGCAACAAGGGAAUUAAUAAAGAGCCU